AUGAAAAAGUGUGACCUGGGACUUGAAAAGACCUGGUUCACAAAUAAGUAUUACUACUACAAAAGAAGAGAUCCUCUUUUAACUUCUAGUAAAUGGAGCCAACUUGGUUACGAUGUUAGUCAAGAAAGUGACCUCUCUAAAGAACUCCAAGAAAUUAGUAGCAAGUUAAAACAACUUGUACUAAAUCUCAGUCGAACUAAUGGCACUUACUAUGCCAAUGGAGAUCCUGAUAAAGCUCCAACUAUAAAUGAAACCCUUAAAAUUGAAGUAACCGACUCUGGAAAGGUACAUAAUAUCUACAAAAGGUACAAGCACGCUCCUACCGGAGGAUCCCGGAUAAGACUCCUUUCUACAAAAGCUAGUGGAAAGAAUAUACCUUUUUAUCCUCCCGUAUAUGAAAGUGAGUAUAGGGAAGUUUGUGUCUAUUUCUGGUCGUUAGACAGCGGUCAUACUAAUCCCCUGCUACUUGAGCUUAAGCCAGCGUCAGGUAUUGCACAUUCCUACUACAUACUUCAUAAAACUGGAAGAACCGAUAAAAAGUGGAAAGUUGAUCCUCAAGUAACCAAUAGUACUCUCAAGAGGGUACUUGACAGGGAAAACUGUAGGAAUGGAGUUCACAUUAUAGACAUUUCACAGAAGGGUAGUUAUGGCCGUUACAUUUCUUAUCCGUGUCCCGAUUGUACUUCUAAGUGGAUUGGAGUAUCUACCUAUGGUACAAGUUAUUCAUACUGCUUCCAUUAUCUUUAUGGAUCUUGCUAUAUUUCUGGAUUCAAGAAUGGAAGAACAGAACAGACCGGAAUAACACUCUCCGGUAGAAUAUCUAACGUGCAUGUUUAUCAAUACCCAAAAGGAUCAGAUGGAAUCCCACUCUUGAUCUAUCUUCCACUGUCAUCCAAUAAGUGGUUCGAGAGGAUCUCUCUUGACUCUAAUGAAUGGACUGAAGUUUCCCAGGGUAAGAAGCCAGAAUCUCCAUUUAGUAGUCAGAAGGACAAGAUUAUAACGCUUCUAAAGGCUAAACUACCAACUGUUACAAUAGACCUUGGACAAACCAAUGCUGAUAAUGGAGCAUCUGGUACCUACUCUGGUACUUCCGGAGAGACUACAAAAACAAUUCAAUUCAUAAAACAAGGAAUAGGUAGUGGUUUCGUAAGUUUUACUUACUCCGUAGAGAAAAAAGAUGGUUUCAUAGUCAAUUUACAGCAUAACGGUUCCCCUCUACAAGGCAUACCACAAACUCUAGUUGUUAAAAGUGUAAAAGCAUACUAUGAUGGACCUAACCCCGAUGACAAGAAUAAGCUUCUAGUUAUUGGCUUGGAGAAAAGGAGCGCUGGUCCUCGGGACGACUAUGUGUAUUAUAGUAGAGAAACGAAGGCAUCUACAUGGACAGUGGAUUUACAGAAAAAUAUUAAAUCAGGUGUCCCCCCUCUUCUCACUGAACUUAAAGAGUUAAAGGCGAAGCUUAAGGCUGAGAGAAAGAAGUCACGUGAAAGUGAUGGAGCUGAAAAAUCAACACUGCGAAAGGUUCUUGAAGGAACAGUUGGAACACUAGCCACGGUAGGAACCGUAGGUGUUACUGUCUGGAAAUGGUCUUCUAUAAUGUCAUUUCUAAUCACUCGUCUGUAG